CCUCCACCAGGACCACCACCAACCCCUUCUUUCUCUUUUAAUCUUUAUAUCUCUCAUUUUUAUUCAAUUAUAUAUUUCUUUAACUCGUUUUAAUCCAUAGAAAUAUAUAAAUGAAAUAACCAAUAUCUAUUUAUUUACUAGUGAAUCAUCAGUUACUUGUUAUAACACUACAAAACUAGUAGCAUCCAGGAAUCUGGAAGAAGCUCCAGAGACAAAACACAAAGUCUCAAUCUUUGUUUGAUAAGAUGAGAGGAGGGAGUCUAUGGCAGCUAGGGCAAUCCAUAACCCGUCGUCUUGCUCAAUCCGACAAGAAAUCUGUGUCACGCCGCUACUUAGCCUCAGGUUCUGACCUGAAAAAGACAGCUCUUUACGACUUCCAUGUCGCUCAUGGAGGAAAGAUGGUUCCUUUUGCUGGUUGGAGUAUGCCAAUUCAGUACAAAGACUCAAUCAUCGACUCAACUGUUAACUGCAGAGUCAAUGGGAGUUUGUUUGAUGUUGCACAUAUGUGUGGUUUGAGCCUCAAGGGGAAAGACUGUGUUCCCUUUUUAGAGACCCUUGUGGUUGCUGACGUGGCUGGUUUGGCUCCUGGAACAGGGAGUUUGACAGUGUUUACAAAUGAGAAAGGAGGUGCUAUUGAUGACUCGGUGAUUACCAAAGUGACUGAUGAGCAUAUCUAUUUGGUGGUGAAUGCUGGUUGUAGGGAUAAGGAUUUGGCUCAUAUUGAAGAGCACAUGAAGGCUUUUAAAUCCAAGGGAGGUGAUGUGAAUUGGCAUAUACAUGAUGAGAGAUCUCUUCUCGCCCUUCAGGGUCCUUUGGCUGCUCCGGUGCUUCAACACCUGACUAAAGAAGACUUGAGCAAGCUUUACUUUGGACAGUUCCAGAUCCUGGACAUUAAUGGUUCCACCUGCUUCCUUACCAGGACCGGGUAUACUGGGGAAGAUGGUUUUGAGAUCUCAGUUCCAUCAGAGCAUGCAGUUGAUUUAGCCAAAGCAAUCUUGGAGAAAUCUGAAGGAAAGGUAAGGCUUACUGGUUUAGGAGCAAGAGACAGUCUCAGGCUAGAAGCUGGGCUUUGUCUAUACGGUAACGACAUGGAGCAACACAUUACUCCUGUUGAAGCUGGACUCACAUGGGCCAUAGGGAAACGUAGAAGAGCUGAAGGAGGGUUUCUUGGAGCUGAUGUGAUACUCAAACAGCUUCAAGAUGGACCUACUAUCAGAAGGGUUGGGUUUUUCUCUUCGGGACCACCAGCAAGGUCGCAUAGCGAGGUCCAUGAUGAGAAUGGUAACAAGAUUGGAGAGAUCACGAGUGGUGGGUUUAGCCCCAACUUGAAGAAGAACAUAGCCAUGGGGUAUGUGAAGUCUGGUCAGCACAAGACAGGGACUAAAGUCAAGAUUUUGGUCCGUGGGAAACCUUAUGAAGGUAACAUCACCAAGAUGCCGUUCGUUGCAACCAAAUACUACAAGCCAUCAUAAUAUGUGUGUCCCUCUUCUUCUAAUGACCUUUUGUCUCUUUUCUUUUCUUAAAUGACACUUGUGUUUCCUUUCAAGUGUACGUUCUUUGCCAAGAGGGCAUUGCUUAUUCUACUCUUAUUGAAAUAAACUAAACGCAACUUUAUUGAUUUUUCGUUUGAUUUGGAGAAAAACUGAAUGUAAUUAAAUUGAUUUUUAAGUUGUUAUCCCC